UGAUGUUGUCACGCCUAAGUUUUUCUGUAUUGUUUCCGCUGUUGAGAUGGUUGAUUUAUGAAUUUUCUAUAUUUGGGACAAUGGGUCAUGAAUUUUGGGUGUCUUGACCUUAAUUUUGCUUUGAAAAAUCGAAAUUUUCAUAUAAAUUUAAUAUGGGUAGGAUUUGUUCGACUAGAAAUUUCGUUUUUUUUUUUUUUUUAAGUUGCUGCGGAAUUUAGCAGGUUUCUAGUUGUGAAUGUAUUGGCCAAUUUGUUUAUUAUGAUUUAUGUUUGACGUUAGAUAUUUGACAAAGAACAUGGAUAGUGAUGGCUGUGGUAAUGUGGUUUCAUAUAAUUGAGUUUGCAGCUUGCACAUGCUAGGCCAUGGUCAAUCUUCAGAUUCAGCUUUAGAUAUGAAGUUUUCUAUGUCAAGUUCUGGAUUGGCACUGGAAGCAGGGCAACCUGAAUUCAAUGGAAGAAUCACAAACACCUUUUCUUCCUUCAGAUAUUUCUGAAUCCAUCCCUUCUCAUAAUGCUGGAAGGUUACAUUUAGAUGGGCAUGGAUUUCGUGGGUUGCCUUUUAUUCAGGGCUUCAAGAAGAGAGGUCAUGGAAGUCGUUCUUGGAUAAAAAUUGAUGAGAAUGGAAACUCGAAGGUUUUGGAGCUUGACAAGGCUGCUAUUAUGAGACAUUGUUCUUUGCCUGCCAGAGAUCUCCGGCUUUUGGAUCCUUUGUUCAUUUACCCUUCUACAAUAUUAGGAAGAGAUAAGGCUAUUGUAGUCAGUCUUGAACAGAUCAGGUGUAUAAUCACAGCUCAGGAGGUUAUACUGAUGAAUUCCUUAGAUGGAUGUGUUGUUGAGUAUGAGUCAGAAUUGUGCAAGCGCCUUCAGUCAAGCAAAGAUCAAUCUGAUGAUCUGCCUUUUGAGUUUAGAGCACUGGAGUUGGCUUUGGAACUAACAUGCAUGUCCCUAGAUGCUCAGGUAACAGAGCUAGAAAUGGAGAUAUAUCCUUUGCUAGAUGAACUAGCAUCCUCUAUUAAUACUCUUAACCUAGAACGUGCACGCAGACUUAAAGGUCACCUUCUUGCCUUGACACAGCGGGUUCAGAAGGUUCGUGAUGAACUUGAGCAUCUCAUGGAUGAUGAUGGUGACAUGGCUGAGAUGCAUCUGACUGAGAAGAAACAACGCUCAGAGGGUUAUCCUUUAAAUGACCUUUGUUUUCAAAGUAAUACCUCAGGUGAGGCCAAGGUACAUUCAAUAUCUGCUCCUGUGUCCCCAGUGGGGUCCGUCAGCGGAGUGCAGAAAUUGCAGAGGGCGUUUAGCACAAUUGUGAGUUCAAGCAAACAUGCAAGCGUAAUUAGUUCAUCUAAUAGUGGAGAAAAUAUUGCACAACUGGAAAUGCUGCUUGAAGCAUACUUUGUCGUGAUUGACAAUUCUUUCAGCAAGUUGUUAUCGCUGAAAGAAUAUAUUGAUGAUACUGAAGACUUGAUCAACAUAAAACUGGGCAAUGUUCAGAACCAUCUCAUUCAAUUUGAGUUACUACUUACAGCAGCUACCUUUGUGGCUACAAUAUUUGCUGCUGUAACUGGUGUGUUUGGAACGAACUUUACAGCAACUAUAUUUGAUUAUCCAUCUGCUUUUACUUGGGUUCUCCUUAUAACUGGUAUUUUCUGUUGCUUAUUGUACUCUUCUUUCCUGUUUUAUUUUAGACACAAGAAGCUCUUUCCUCUGUAAAUUGUACAAUGCAAAUCAUUUAUAAAUGCAAACUUGAGAUUUUUUUUGGGUAAAA